GCAAUAGUUCGGCUGAAAGAGAAUACGUCGCCAGAAAUAUAGGAUAUCGUUGUUUUUCGCCAGCGUAAAAUCGUAGCCAGCUUGGAUUUCAUCACGCAAGCACCUUGUGACGGCCUAAUCUAGUCAUCAGCCGAGAUUCGCCACAAGUUAAGGGUAUUUCUGAGCGGUAUUUUGCCACAUUGUGCGGUAUUUUGACACAUUUUCGUGGAAAGCAACGCUCUCUUUGUGUUCCGGAUUUGGCGAAGACUGCGUCUCUCUCUUCUUGAACAAAAACAUCAGCGGAAAAGGAGACAUGGACAAGCAAAUCGCUGUGCUUAAGAGCGUUGGCCCGAAGCUGGUCCCGUUCUUCAAGACCACGUGUAUCUACUACAUCCUGUGGCUGGACGCCGACAAACCGACCCUGUUCUCUGCGCUUAUAAAAUGUCUCCCGGUUCUGUCCCUGUGUGUGUUCGUGCUGCUGCACGGCAUGAGUCUGUCCGACAUGCACACGUACGCGAGACGGAUCCUCGGGGGGCUGGUGUUCUCAGCGCUGGGAGACGCCUUCCUCAUCUGGCAGCACAUCGACGGGAUCUACUUCAUCUAUGGCAUGGUGAUGUUCGCGAUCGCCCACGUCCUCUACAUCGUGUCGUUCGGGUUCUCGCCGCUACGUCUCCCUGUCGGCGCGGCGUUACUCGCAGUGGCUGCCGGCAUGUACGCCCUGCUGUACCCGGGCCUGCACGGCGUCUACUCGGUCCUGGUAGGAGUGUACAUCCUGCUGCUCUGGCUCAUGCUGUGGAGAGGGAUGGCCAGGCUACAGGUGUUCAGUAAUGACCUGUGGACGUGGACCAAGCUGUGUGCCUGUGUGGGAGCUCUGCUCUUCAUCAUCUCAGACACGCUUCUGGGCGUGAACAAGUUCCGCCUGCCCAUACCCUACAACCGCGCCCUCAUCAUGACAACCUACUACGCCGCACAGCUGGGCAUCGCCCUGUCGGUCGCCGACCUCAAGCCUGACCCCGCUGAUGACGUCACCACGUGCGGUGCACCUGCCGCGUCAUCAGAUGACGUGCACUGUUCGAGUUCGAAUUCCAAGGGCGGUGCACCUGACGCGUCAUCAGAUGAUGUGCACCGUUCGAAUUCCAACUCCAAGGGCGCGCUUGAGCUGAAUGGCAUAAAGUCGGGGUCCAAUGGUUUUAGUAACUUUUUGUGCUGUUCAAAAUAUAAGAAGAUGGAGUAAAAGUUCAUGACACAAAAACUGACAAAAAGUUUAUGUCCUCUUUGGAUUCACUUACAAUAGAUUAAGAUGAUAACGCCUUUGGUUUAAAACACAGGCUGUAACAGUGUCGUCAUCAGGUGACGUGCACUGUUCGAAUUCGAAUUAUUGCGCAAGGGCGCACUCGAACUGAAAGAUAUGACGCCGGGGUCCCAUGGUUUUAGUAACUUAUUGUGCUUUUCAAGAAAUAAAAAGAUAACUUUCAUGGCACAAAAACUGACUAAAUGUUGAUGUUGUUCAACAAGGAGAAAUCCUUAUAAUCCUCAAUUAACGUUAAUAACAGUGGCCUCAAACGUAAAGCUGGUUACAGUUAAGUUUAUAUAUACACAGGAUGCAACAAUGAAACGUAAACGGUGUUGCGAAAUGUUGUUCAAGCAAAAC